AUGAGGAUGAAAGGUUUUCCUGAAAAGUUCAUCUCGUGGAUUAAAGCAUGCAUUUGUGAUGUCCCUUUUUCAGUUUGUAUUAAUGGUGCUCUCCAAGGGUUUUUUUCCUCUUCUGCUGGUUUAAGACAAGGUUGCCCUCUAUCUCCACUUCUCUUUGCGAUCGUUAUGGAUGCCUUUUCGUGCUUCUUGGAUUCUAGUUCAUUCUUGGGGAUUCCUCUCGGGUCUUCCUCCCUCAAGCACCUUCUCUAUGCUGAUGAUGUCUUAGUUUUUGGGUUGGCCACUAUUCCUAAUGCUAAUGAGCUUGCUCAGAUUUUAGACAACUUUGCUAUGGCAUCGGGGCUGCAUAUCAAUAACAACAAAUGCUCCAUUCUCUUCUCCAAAAACCUUACUAUUGCUAAUGACAUCAUGGACAUUCUUGGUUUCUCUGCCGUCGAUCAUACCUUCAAGUACUUGGGCUUGCCUAUUUCCACCAAAAAGCUUAAUUCUUCUCACUUCCAACCACUACUGAGUAGAAUUUCUACUCUACUUGCUGGUUGGAAAGUAAAAUUUCUUUCUUUUGCAGGUCGAGUGCAAUUCUUGAGAUUCACCAUUGCUAACACUAUCGCUUAUUGGAUCAGGGGCGCUAUAAUACCAAAGUCUUGUUGUAAAUCUAUUGAUAGAAUGUGCUCUAGAUUUCUUUUUCAUGGUGAUAAAGAGGGGAAAAAAUUACAUUUGAUUGCUUGGAAGGACACUUGCCUUCCUACCUGCUUUGGGGGUUUGGGUAUCCCUGACUUGGCCUCUCUUGCCCAUGGUUUUGCUGGUUCUUUCAUUUGGAGGUUUUUUAACUCCUCUUCUUUGGUCUUUGAUUGGUAUAGACAUAGAUUUACUUCCCCUUUUAAACCUGCUCCUCAUAAGUGCUCAAAGUAUUGGAAAUUUAUUUGUGGGGUGGCUAACAAGCUUAAAGGACAUCUAAAUAUCACGGUUAAUGUUGAUAAUUGCAGCAAAAUUUCUUUUUAUUGGGAUCCUUGGUUGAAUGGCACUUCUUUGGCUGACAUUGUCCCCUUUUCAUCUGAACUAUUGGGGCCUAUUUCGAUGUUCUGGAAUUCUCUUUGGGCUGUGCCGGAAUUCCUCCCUCUUGAGGUUCGGCAUAGCAUUUUUGCUACUUCUGUGCGGGAAAAUUCUUGUGGUUCCAUUACUUGGAUUGGUACUGAAAAACCUAAUUUUAAAGUUUUUAGAUUGAAUUAUUUCGAAGGGAGACAAAAGGUUAACUGGCAUCAUUUUAUCUGGCAUAAAAGGGCAGCUCUUAGAUUUUCAUCUUAUUCCUGGCUUUUAAUUCGUGGUGGUCUUAAGUUGGCUGACAUCUUAGCCAGGAGAAAUAUUUUUAUUGAUGCAAACUGUCCUCUGUGCCGGCUGGUUGUUGGUUCGGUGGAUGUUGGGCUUACUGGAGAUUCUUUAUUGAAUUUUUUGAGAGAAAUUAUUCCCCUAAGAAUCAUCUUAUUGCUGGACGGUGGUUUUGUUGGAGGAGUUCAAACCGUGCGUUUGGGGUUGGCUCCCCCCUCCUUUUGGUUGGCAGUUGGUUACACGGCUAUUUCUUGUGCUGCUUUUGGAUGCAUGAAUAUUUUGGGAUUGCUUCGCGUGCACCCUGCUCCACUAUGGUGCUGUUCUUCAUUGGCAACCAGGGAGAAUGUUGCGACGUUUUCUCUUGGCACUGGACUUAUGAGCUUUCUGGCUUUGAUGUUUGUUUGUCCUUGGGCAGUCUCCAAGGCUAACUGA